AUGGCCUCGCCUUUGCUUCUAACCGCGGGCGCCCUCUUCGUCCUCUACUGGGCCAAUUACACUCGCGCACUGCUGCGCAACAUCGCGGCCGCAAAAGCCUCCGGUAUUGCCUAUGUGGUGCUCCCGUGGAACCCAUUCUACACUUUUUGGCUGGCUUCGUACCAGAUCUGGCUGCCGCUCCUGCAAAAGCUGCCCGCUUCAUGGACUAGCCCUUGGCUUCUUUUCAUGAACCCAGAGUGGACCUAUCUGCAUGGCCACGCGCCCUUUGAGAAGAUGGGCUCGGACUGCAUUCUCACGGUUUCUUCGGGGAGACUGCAACUAUAUAUUGCUGAUGCCGAAGUUAUUACCCAAGUCACGACGCGGCGCAACGACUUCCCCAAGCCGUUGCAGAUGUAUAAGAGGCUUGAUAUUUAUGGUAAGAAUGUCGUGUCCACUGAGGGGGCGACCUGGCGUCAGCAUCGCAAGAUGACAGCUCCCUCUUUCACAGAGAAGAACAAUGAGCUUGUUUUCAAGGAGACGUUGCACCAUGGUCAAGCCCUGGUGAGGUUGUGGACUGGUGAGUCUAGGCGCGAGUCUAGGACGAUCCAGGAUUCUGCUACAGACACUAUGAGAUUUGCGUUGUAUGUUAUUAGUAGCGCUGGUUUUGACGUUCGAGUUUUAUGGUCUCAUGAAGAGAAGGAAAACACUGGGGGUGCGAACUCUGUAGGAUCCACGGCACCUCCUGGGCACAAGCUCUCAUAUAGGGAUGCUAUCAGUUCUCUCUUAGAAAACAUCCUGUGGACUCAGGUAUUUCCAAAGUGGGUUUUAGAAAACUCCCCCUUCGAAUGGCACAAAGAGCUCAACACCGCCGUAACAGAAUGGGGCAAAUACAUGGAAGACAUGUACGAAGCGCGCAAACGCGAAGUCAUCUCGGGCCACUCCUCCGCCGCCUCCGGCCUCGACCUCUUCGGCGCCCUCAUCUCACGCUCCGGCAUCGCCUCGACCGCCUCCGACUCCAAAACCCCGGACUCCCUCAGCAAAAGCGACAUCCUCGGCAACGGCUUCGUCUUCACGCUCGCGGGCCACGAAACCACCGCCAAUGCCCUCAACUUCUCCCUCAUCUACCUCGCCCUCAACCGCCCCCAGCAGCAGCACCUGCAAGCCGACAUUGACGCCGCCCUCGGCGGCAAGCCCAUCGCGCAAUGGACCUACGACGCCGACUUCCCGCCCCUCUUCGGCAGCAUGCCCGCCGCCGUCAUGAACGAAACCCUCCGCCUCAUCCCCCCCGUCAUCAACAUCCCCAAAUGCACCCCGGCCGACCGCCCUCAGCCCGUCACCACCAACGCCACGGGCGGCCGCCGCGUCUGCAUCCCCGCCAACGCCACCGUCUCGCUCUCCUGCGCCGCCGUGCACAAGAACCCGCGCUACUGGCCCACCGCCGCCGGCCUCCCGCAGGGGACCGACGGCGUCCACGACGUCGAGCUCUUCCGCCCGGAGCGCUGGCUGCUGCGCUCCAAGCCCGCCGCCGCGAACGCUAGCAGCACCGCGGCGCACGUCGACGAAACGUACGACGACGACGACAUGGCCGGCCCCAGCGGCGCCGACGUCUCGGCCGCGCUGUUCAAGCCGGAGAAGGGCGCGUAUAUCCCGUUUAGCGAGGGCUACCGCUCGUGUCUGGGGCGGCGGUUCUCGCAGGUCGAGCUGUGCGCGGUGCUGGCGCUGAUUUUUAGGGACUAUAGCGUUGAGUUGGCGGUGGAGGAGUGGGCGAGUGAUGAGGAGGUUGAGCGGAUGGGGGUGGCGGAGAGGAGGGAGGUGUGGGGGAAGGCGGCGAGGAGGGCGGAUGGGCUGUUGAAGACGGCGUUGACGAGUAUUAUUACGCUGCAGAUGCGGGGGGAGCGGGUGCCGAUAAGGUUGGUGAGGAGAGGGGCGGAGAGGUUUUUGGGGUAG